GCUGACGUUUUGACAUUUUUUGUUAUGUUUUUUUUUUUGUGCUCGGUGCUGUUGUCAAACGGCAAAAGUGACUGUCAUCCCGCAUCACUCGCAGUUCUUUUGGUUACAAGCAAAUUUUGCAAGAAGUAAACGGAUAACCUCUCAUAAACUUUGUAGGCAAAUAGAUUUAAAUCGUAAGAGCCAUGUCCAUUCUUGCGUACAACGGUGGUUGCGUGGUGGCGAUGAAGGGAAAAAAUUGUGUCGCCAUCGCCACUGAUCAUCGCUUCGGGGUCCAGGCCCAGACGAUUGCCACCGAUUUCGAAAAAGUAUUUGAAAUCAACCCUCACAUGUAUCUCGGUCUGGUCGGACUGCAGACGGACAUUCUCACAGUACACCAACGGUUACAGUUCCGCAAAAACUUGUACGAGGUCCGGGAGAACCGCGAGAUGACUCCGGAACGGUUUGCAGCGAUGCUUUCCAAUUUCCUGUACGAGAAGCGCUUCGGGCCGUACUUUAUUGAACCGGUUAUUGCCGGACUGGAUCCGAAGACAUUUCAGCCGUUCAUCUGCAAUAUGGAUUUGAUCGGAUGUCCCAACAUGCCGAAUGAUUUCGUUGUUGCCGGAACAUGUGCCGAGCAGCUUUACGGUAUGUGUGAAACACUGUGGAAGCCCGAUCUGGAACCGGAGAAGCUGUUCGAAGUUAUUUCCCAGGCUUUGGUGAAUGCAUUCGAUCGGGAUGCUAUUUCCGGAUGGGGAGCGACCGUUUACAUAGUUGAGAAAGAAAAGUUGACUGUGAAGAAGCUGAAGACGAGAAUGGAUUAAA